CAAAUUAAUCACCAAAUAUCAAAAGAUAUAAUAACCAAAAUGGAUUUGUCUUAAACAUCAAAUCUCUAUAAUUUCAAAGAACAAAAAUUCAUCGGGAAGUUCUGAAAAAUAACAAUGGGUUCUCAGGUAUCCAAACAAGUGGAACGCCGGAAAUCCAUUACCACGGAGAAGAAGGUUCUAGCCGACCUCCGAAUUAACGCCGGAGAAGAUUUCCCCGGUUCCGAAUACCGGUCACCGGACAGGAAAAACUGGAUGUCAAAUCUCGGCACCGAAAGAACCCGCGUGAACCAAAUCGUAUGGCCAGGGACUCACGACUCCGCCACCAACGUCAUCGGAAUACCCUUCAUCACCCGUCCUUUCGCCCAGUGUCAAUCACUCUCCAUUUACGAACAGCUCGUGUUAGGUACGCGCCUCCUCGACAUUCGAAUCCAAGAAAAUCGUUUAGUCUGCCAUGGAAUCCUCUCGACGUACAGCGUCGACGUCGUUUUCGCCGAUAUAAAGAAAUUCCUGGCCGAAACCCAAUCUGAAAUCGUAAUCGUCGAGAUCCGAACAGAGUUUGGCCACGAGGAUCCGCCGGAUUUCGACAAGUACAUCGUUGAAAAAAUCGGGGAGUUUUUGAUUCACAACGAUGAGGGGGUGUUUGAGAAGACGAUUGCGGAAUUGUUGCCGAAGAGAGUGAUUUGCAUUUGGAAACCCAGGAAAUCGCCGGCGCCGAAGGCCGGAGAUCCGUUGUGGGGAGGUGGGUAUUUGAAGGAUAAUUGGAUUGAUACGGAUCUGCCGUCGACGAAGUUUGACAGUAACUUGAAAUUCUUGUCGGAGCAACCACCGGUGACGAAGAGGAAGUACUUUUAUAGAGUGGAGAAUACGGUGACGCCGAAAGCGGAUAAUCCGAUAUUGUGUGUGAAACCGGUGACGAGGAGGAUUCAUAAAUUUGCUCGGUUGUUUAUCAAUCAGAGCUUUGCAAAAGGAGUGGCCGAUAAAUUGCAGGUUUUGUCGACGGAUUUCAUUGAUGGGGAUUUUGUUGAUGCUUGUGUUGGACUUACAAGUGCAAGAAUCGAAGGGAAGGCCUAAUUUUUUCUUUAAAAUUUGUGUUUUGUGUUAUAAUAUCAUCAAUGUGUGUAAGUGUUUGUUUGUUUGAUUAAUUAUCUGGAUAUAUUUUUGUGAGAAAAUAAGCGUAUAUACUUAUUUGUACUUAGUUAGGGUAAUUAUGUUAUGCCUAUGAUUAAGUAGUUUUGAUUUUUUGAAGCU